AUGCCCGACAAGUCGGCCACGGUGGUGUCGUACGCCGCUGGGGCGUCGCUCGCGGCCGCAGCCCUCAUCUACGUCUUUGGACCGACCUUUGCCAUUGACCACGAUGGUACCAGCUCCAAGAAAAAGACCAUUGUCGGCUUGCGCAACCAGGCCAAUGACUGCUUCAUCAACUCGGUCCUCCAGGCUCUUGCGGGUCUGGGCGACCUGCGCAUCUACCUGAUCCGCGAGACGCACCGUCGCCGCAUUGAGGACCCAGCAGUUUACGCCAACUUGGUCCAGCCCGGCUCGCCCGAGGAGGACGCCAGUGGUGGCGGCGAGAUGCCCCUGUGGAAGCUCCAGGGUCUGCAAGAUGGUCUCGUCACGCACGGGCUCAAGGAGAUGAUUGACCACCUCAACGAACGACCCAUUGCGAAAAAGGCCAUUUCCCCAUUUCCGUUUGUCCGCGUCCUCGAAGUCGCCUUCAAACAGCGCAUCAGCAGGCAACAGCAAGACGCCCAGGAAUUUCUGCAGAUUGUCGCCGAGCGCUUAAAGGACGAGUACCACGCCGGCCAACGAGCGAGGUUACACGCGCGGUCGGCGGUCAACGGCAGCGGUAGCGGUAGCGGCAGCAGCUCUGCGACGAAUUCAAAUGCCGAGCAGAGCGACAACGAAAAGGACGAGAAGGGGACUGCGACAAAUGGCACAUCGAAUGGUCUCGCCGCACCUGUCGCAAACGGAACUACGGGCGACGGAACCAGCUCCCAAACAAAUUCAGACACGGAUAGUUUGCUACCCAACACAGCGUUGCCAACCUCGACGCGGCCGCUGCCCAUCGAGCUGGAGGACGGCUUCCCCAUGGAGGGGAAAUAUGAGUCUCAUCUCGAAUGCCAAACGUGUGGUUACAAGACAAAGCCCCGAGAGGAAACUUUUUGCACAAUAACUCUGGCGGUACCUCAGGUCAUGUCUACGUCCCUGAGCUCCUGCUUCGACGGCAUUUUCAAGACGGAAUACAUUGACGACUUCAAAUGUGAAAUGUGCCGUCUCGUACAGACGGUGGCCAACCUCGAGCAUGAAGUUUCGCGCUCGACGUCGGAAUCAUUCAAGGCAAACGCCCUCGACAGCAUCGCCAAGCUCAAGGAGGCCAUCCGUACCGACCCGGAACAGCCCCCUGAAGGUGUUGACCUUGGCGACAUUCGCUACGCACCCAAGCGCCGCAUCGCCAAGACGACGAGCAUGACCAUCUUCCCCAAGAUUCUUGCCAUUCACCUAUCGCGCUCCAUCUACGGCGUUGGGCAAAUGACACAGAAGAAUUCGGCAAAGGUUUCCUUCCCCGAGCAGCUGCCCCUCGGAGGGUUGGCUGACCAGCGCCGGUAUAAGCUCCUAGGCAUGGUAACGCACCGCGGCGGCCAUAACAGCGGCCACUACGAAGCAUUCAGGCGGCAAAAUGUGCCACCGCACUUCCCCAACCAAAACACAUUCAUGCAGUCCGAAGUCUAUAGCAAGACGCCCACGCCCCUCUCUACACCUGUCAUACGCGCCAAGCAUGCGGACAGCCCCGCCACCUCGACUCCCGACCUUCUUUCUCCCACCUCCACCGCAGCUUCUUCUACGCCCUCCCUAGAUUCUGUACCUGCACAAGCCCCGCGCAGUGUACCUUCAUCCGCAGUACCGGAAAAGAUGAGCUCUAGCAUCAACGGCCGCGAUCGCGACACCGACACGAGCAGCCUGCGAUCUGUCGCCGCGUCCACCAAGUCGGCGCUGUCACGGCUCACCUCGGGAAAGUAUGACGGCGGUAGCAAGACGGGAUCACCAAAACUGCGACCCCAAUCUCAACCACAAUCGCAAGCUGCGCACUCGCUUACAGGAAGCAUCAAGCGCACAAAACCCAAGCGGGCCAAGCAGCAUCUAGAUCGCUGGUGGCGAGUGAGCGAUGAAAAGGUCCGCGAAGCUAAGACCGGCGAGGUCCUGAGCAUGCAGAAGGAGGUGUAUCUUUUGUUUUACGAACUGGAAAAGUAA